CCUGUAUUAUAAUAAUAAAUGUAUAAAAAGUUUUCUGAACGAAUGUGACAAACAUUCACACAACUCUAAUUAAGCUUGCUGUAUUCUGGUUAAUCAUCUAGUGCAGUGUUUCUCAACUCCAGUCCUCAUGGACCCCCAACAGGUCAUGUUUUCAGGAUUUCCAUUAUUUUGCACAGGUGAUUUGAUCAGUUUCACUGCCUUAGUAAUUACCACAGCUGUUUCAUCUGAGGGAAAUCCUGAAAACAUGACCUGUUGGGGGUCCAUGAGGACUGGAGUUGAGAAACACUGAUCUAGUGGUAGCUUACGCUGCCUGUACCACCAGAAAACUGCCAACUUCUAAAAGUGUC